UAAGUUUUAUAUAUACACACUGGCUUUAUCACAACGUUAGUGGUAAAUUUCAUUCUUUGCUGACUAUAAUAUUUUUACAGAGAUAUCAAACUGAAGCACAGCGGAUAUAUUUUUUGACAUGGCGGAAACAUUUGUUAGGAACCAAGCCAGUAUAGAAGAUCAUCCGGAUACAUCAAUAAAUAUUAACAAUGAAGACAAGCAACAGGAGUAUAAUAUCAUAUGUGAAGAAAUCAACAAAAGGUCCAUUGGUAAAGCCAUAAUAAAGUUUUGUGGAAAUGAAGGAACAGAGAACGACAGAAAUACAGAAGUUCUCAGGCGCCUUUUGCAAGCUAUUAUAUCGCACGUAGAGGAAGAACAUUCGGAUACAUGGAAAAAUGCUGAAAUAAGAAUUUAUGACGAAAACUUUGAUAUAUACAGUAUAAAAGCUGGGCAAGGUAAAAAAAUGUUUAUGGUGUCCCUUGAUGAAAAUGAUGAGCCAAAGGUUAUUAAAACAAAACCCUCAAAAGUCAGUUCCAAAAAGGAACAUCGACAUUGUAUACUUAUGUGAUUAAUGCGACAAUGACGAAGAAUAUACAAGAAAGAUAUCAGAGAAUUACUUUUUUAUGUUGACAGUAAAAUUGUUUAGUAUUUUGCAGAAGUUUUCUUUGUAUAUAAAGCAAAAUGUGGACGGAAUUUAACUGUUUUCUUUCUUUGUAUUUUCUUUUUUUUUUCUUUUUUUUUUUGAAAUAUUCUUAAAAAUCAUCCAUGCAACUAUCAUUUCACAAAGCUUAAUAAAAUAGUUGUAUAUAACUUAGACAGACACAUCUUUUAUUGUUUUAUUAUCAUUAUAAAUAUUUAUCAUAAAAAUAUUAAAUUACCACAAAUAUUUAAUUAUUACUGUAUUAUAAAUACGGACCAGACAGCCGUGCAAUAAUGAUGUGCUGAUUACAAAUUAUACUAUGAAGCAGCAGCACAUGUUAUAGAAAAAGUGACUUAUUCUGACUAAUGUUAUGAUUCAUAAGACUACAAGUAUUACUUCAAAAGUAAAGAAUUAUUGAACAAAGUAUUUUUAGACAGAAUAAAUGUUUAAUGUCCAAAUUUACACUGACGUAUUACAAUAAAAAUGAUUUUACAGAAAAAUAUCGUUGU